AUGUCACUUUCCUCAAAAUCCUCCUCUUCCGAAUCGUUGGACAUUUCUGAUAUUCUCGAUUGCGAGAAGCAACGAAUCGUGCACAAAAAGAGAGAACAAUUAUUCUCGUUGAAGGAAGAAGACGGUGAAAUGGCACAAGGGUACAGCGGUGACCACUUGGAGAAUCGAAGUCGAGCGAGCAUCGGCGUCUCCCAGAUCUCAAUCCCAUUAGCGUGGAAUGGAGAGCAGCAUUUCAAGCAAAAAGGAGAAAGUCGAUCCUAUUCGAUGUUUGUCACAUUGCAAACGAAAACAAAUGUGAUUGACAGUAAAAUUCUCUCAAAUAUCAACCGCUUGGACACUGAUGUUACUUUUCCAGAUUCUUUUGUCUUUCACAAUGAACCGGAAGACUUUUUCGUUGAUUUGUGCAUCUAUGCGGCUCGGACAGACGGGGGAAAUGAUGCCAGUGGAAGCCUCAGACAAAGAAUCACGAGGAGUUUCGGGAAAAAAUUUGGACUUCAAGUGAAAAGCCAACUUUCCGAACAGAGACGUCAGAUCCCUGAAACAGUCGGCUCUGCUCAUUUCAAUUUGAUCGCUCGUUGUCUACUCGUUUUGUCAGAUGCAACUGAUCUCGCCGGUCCUCCCCUCUACGGACAUCUCGUCUCUCGGCUCGUUUGUCUUCCCAAUUCAGUUUCUCACCCGUUGGCCGACGGCAUUCUGACGAUUCGUCCAAAACACAGCGAUAGCGUCUUUCAACAUGUUCGAUGUCGUUUACAGAUGGGAGUUUUGCGAUGCUUUGUGAACAACGAUAUUCGAAAGGGAAACGAGCAAACAUUGCAUCGGAUUGUCAUCACACCGGGCUCUCGAGUUCUCCCAUGUAACUUGGAGGAUUCAGUGAUUUUGAUCAUUGAACCAACAACUGAAACUCCCAUCUAUCACUACGUUCUCACAGGCGAAUCAAAAGAAGCGAUCAAAAUCUGGACAAACGCCAUCGAACAUCAAUUGAAUGACGCUUUGAUAUGGGGUGAAUUCGCGUACGUCUACUCUCGCUUAUCCGUUGAAAGACCCAGAGAAGCGAUUGAUGGAACGAUAUCGAGAGAUCGAUCCUCACGACUUUAUGAUACAAUCAAUAUUAGUGGCACAUUGAGCAAAUCGUUUAUGGGCUCAAGUGGCUAUAAUUCGACACUUCCAAUUGGAUUGCGAAUCGCUUUGGCUGAUCAAAACUCACCAAUGAAAACGGCGCCAGUGAGGAGAGGGAAAGGACGGGCAAAUGUGAAGGAGAUUUUCAAGGAUGUCACCCAGACUCAACCCACCUCGAGUCCAGCCUCAGCGCCGGUUUCUCAAUCAAGUGAAUCGGCCCGAAAUUCUCGCUAUAUCAUCAAUUUGUCUGUUGGUGAAGAGACACCGUUGAAGAAGAUUGCGCCGACUCAAAAGGAAACCAAAUAUCGAUCGAUCAUUCAAUCAACACCGAUUACUAUGGCAAGAACGCUCAUUUCCCCAUCCCAUCUAACUCCUCCACCAUCAAAUUCCCCGUCUCCAUCCCAUUCUCAUCCGUCACCCCGAUCACUCAUUCAACACCGAUCUCCACAACCAAGAAUGGGUUGUCGAACGCCGGAACCGGUGUUGAUGCGAGAAAAAGCGUUGCGAGUCCAAAGGGUUGAGCUGAGACAGAGCUGGACACGGGGAAACGCGAAUCAAUUCAAUGCAUCACACUCAACCUUACAAGUCACAAGAUUG